ACACGAGUUUCUCCUUACUCACCCAGUCACCCUAGACAAAAACAAAAGAUGGAAAUUCUGAGCUUACCGUUCAACAGCGCGAGCUAAAGAGUGAAUGCGCCGGUAUAUUCCAGUGUAGAGAGAGAAAGAAAAGGCAGAGAGAAAAUGGCGAUUUCAGGGGAUCUACGAGUAUUUGCUACACUAGCACCUCAUCGGACACAUCAACUUCCUCUUCGAACCUCCUCGCAUUCUUCUUCUAAGGUAGAUGUUUCUAGUUUCCCAAGUGGAGGGCUAAGUAUCUCUGAGAUUUCCCCUAGAAAGUUGACUAGUGUGUCUAAUGGCUCCAGUUUCCGGUGCCAGUCCAAUCUGUCAUUUGGAGUCACAGGAGAUGAUAAAACAGCUGUAAAGUCUUUCAACCAAGAUGCUGAGACUUUUUUAUUGCAUGCUAUCAACUUGAACUUUUUCGAGCGUUUAAACUUAGCUUGGAAGAUCGUUUUCCCGCCACCAAAAACAAGAAGAAGCUCCAAUGCAAUGAUUGCUAAGCAGCGACUAAAGAUGAUCUUGUUUGCUGAUCGAUGUGCUGUUAGUGACGAAGCUAAACAGAAGAUCGUGAAGAGCAUUGUCAGUGCUUUGUCAGAUUUUGUGGAGAUUGAAUCUCAGGAGAAGGUGCAGCUCAAUGUCGCAACUGAUAUAGAUCUCGGAACUGUGUGUUCUGUUACCGUGCCUGUAAGGCGAGUGAAACCGGAGUAUCAGGAAGAUGAUGAAACUGGGUCGAUAAUGAGUAUAGACUACAAAGACAAUGGUGAGACAUCUGGUGCUGUUGAUGUCAGGUUUGAUUUCUACAUGCCAAAUGAGAACUCAUUGACAUGAGCCAUAUAUGAGUUACCUCUAUUAACCUAGUUGCAUCAAGUUUCUUAGUGAUGGCAACUUUUGACCCUAAAUUUAGAUCAAGAAGAUCUGGUUUCCGCACUUAAGGGUCUUUUCAGAUUGUUUUGUUACUUCUUCAUAACUAGUCUUUCUGUAAAUAUAAGAUGUAUUCUCCAAAGUCGUCGAAAUAUUUAUUCUUUUCCCCCCCUUAACCUCUUUUGGCCAUUGUUUCUGAAUGUAUGUGUUUGUGACGGAUGAUCGUUAUCUGCCUCAGAUAUCUAGUUUUGUUUUCGCCUCUUGCUCAUCAGCUUA